AUGAUGCCGCGAGGAAAACGCAGCCGAGGAGCCAGAGCCCCGCGCUGCUGCAGUGUGACAUGGUGCUCAAGGACUUCCCACGCGACGCCCUGCUGCGCCCGCUCACCCGCAGCGAGGUGCUGGGCCUCCUCCUGAGGCUCACCGUCUUCGGGGCCGCCACCUAUUUCAGCAUCAAGUGGGUGGCGGAAGCGCUGGACCCCACACAGAAGCAGAAGCUGCAGGCCAAGAAAAGGGCAGAAAAGCUGAUGAAACAGAUGGGCGUAGAAGGAGUCAAACUGACGGAGUAUGAGAUGAAUAUUGCUACGCAUCUUGUAGACCCACAGUGCAUGAAGGUGACUUGGAAGGACAUUGCAGGGUUGGAUGAGAUUAUCACUGAGCUGCAGGACACUGUGAUCCUGCCCUUUCAGAAGCGACACCUCUUUGCUGGUUCUCGGCUGUUCCAGCCUCCUAAAGGUGUGCUGUUGCAUGGAGCCCCAGGCUGCGGGAAAACCCUGAUCGCCAAGGCAACGGCCAAGGCCUCAGGGUGCCGGUUCAUUAACCUGCAGGCUUCCACACUGACGGACAAGUGGUAUGGUGAAUCGCAGAAGCUGACCUCUGCUGUAUUCUCAUUGGCACUCAAGAUCCAGCCCUGCAUUAUCUUCAUUGAUGAGAUCGACUCAUUUCUGAGGAACCGCUCCAGUCUAGACCAUGAGGCCACCGCCAUGAUGAAGGCACAGUUCAUGAGCCUCUGGGACGGCCUGGAGACAGGAGCAGACAGCCAGGUGAUGGUGAUGGGGGCCACCAACAGGCCCCAAGACGUGGAUCCCGCCAUCCUGCGGCGGAUGCCCACUACCUUUCACGUCAGUCUGCCGAACCAGAGGCAACGGCAUGACAUCCUGAGGCUGAUUCUCGCUGAAGAGAACCUUAGCGCUGCUGUAAACCUGCGGGAGAUUGCAGAGAAGACGGAGGGUUGCUCGGGCAGCGAGUUACGAGAGCUGUGCCGCGAUGCUGCUAUGUACCGUUUCCGCGACUAUGUGCGUAAGCAACAGAUGAAGCAGAUCACCCACCAGCUGCAGGACUGCGAGACAGAUGAGGGGCCUCUGGACGAGGACCGGCUGAGGCCUGUGACCCAGCUGGACCUGUUGUUUGGUCUGGACAAGCUGAAGGAGGGCAGGCACGCCUCUGUGGGGCACAGCACUUUGAAAGAGAUGCCUCUUGACUGAUCCAUUCUGCCAUGGAGCUCACAACCAGCAGUAGCAGGGCGAUUUAGCAUUGGUGUAGAAGCGCUACCAUAACUCCUUGGAUGCAAGGCACUGGUGUGUGUGGGUGUGUGUGUGUGUCUGUACCUGUGUCCAAAAUAUUUAUUUCACUGACUAGUGUCAGAACUGUACACUUGAGAUUUUAAAGGCAGUUACAUGUGUUCGUUUCCUUAAAAUACUUUCAACUUUAUGAGAAAUUUGAAAUAUCCUCUCAAGCUGUGUUACCUGUAAGUAUUUAAAACUUCACCACUGCUAUUCAUUGUGGACUGGCAUCCCUUUCAAGAAGUAACCCCCCCUUGCGCCCAGUGCUUUCGGGAUAGGCUGCGGUUCACUACGACCCUGCUCUGGACAAAUGGUUAUUGAAAUUGGAUGGAUAGAUAAUUAGUCAUUAUAUCUUAGAAUUAGAGUUAAGCAUAAGCAGAGGUUGUAUAUCACAAAGCAGAAAACAUUUUUUUAAAUAUUAAUACAUCACCAGUGAUUUCUCUUUUACAGAUGGAUGUGUUCCUGAAUUUGUCUCCAGUCAUACCAGCACAUAUCAUAGAGAUCUGAACCUAGGAUAUUUCUUGUUUUGCCAUAUAUGAGUCAUCUUACAAUAGAUGUAGUUGGAAGUGCUUUUCGUGUGUGUGUGUCUCCAUAGAGACCCAGGUCAUGCAGUCCAGCGCAGAUUCCUGUCUUAGUCAACAGUGGGGAACGGGACUCAAGGGAGGUGAUCAUGAGCUGUUGUCGUGACCAGGGUUUCUUGUCUGAAGCGGUUUGUCUUCCUCAACACACAAGCUGCCUCGAACAAUUUGAGCGUCAGUGCUUCAGAGAACAGGUUUUACUCUGUUCCAUUAGUGACAGGAAGUGGUGAGGACUGCAUGUGUACUUUCCUGCAAAGUGACCAUGAGGGGUCACUACUGCUCCAUUCUUCUACCUCUAUUUUUCACACUCUGGAUGUACUUCUGAAAAUGAUUGGUUAAAUUAUAAUCUUUAUUUAUUUAUUUAUUUUCACAAGUGCAAGCAUUGAAAGAAUUGCAUUCCGUGGUACUUGAGAACACAAUGAAAUUCAGUGCAGAUCAAUUAUGUAUAGAUGUGCGGCUGAAAUUAUUCUGAUUUAAAUUCACCCUGAAUAGCCACGGAAAGCCUCUUAUAGUGGGCGUGAGACACUUUUUGAGGUGGGAAGAUAGCAGUGGGGAUGGUGAGGUCUAAAAUAUUGAAUGUGAUUCUGCAAACCUCUCCCAGUAGAGUUGCUUGUAGCAAGAAUGAGUCCUGCUUAAGUGUGAUGUAGUGAUUUGUCUGUACACAGGCUGCAUAGAUUAUAUUAAGUACUAAUUUCAACUAUGUACAUUAACUGCAUCUGUGUGUAAUGUGUACAUUUUGUUCAUAGUGUCUGCUGUCUAGUUACAGGGGCAGUCUUACUCAUUAGUCCACUUUUUCAAUAUUGUGAUGUUCUUGGGGAGAAAGGUUUGGUAUUAAUGGUCAAUUAAGACUGUUUUCAGUACGUCUACGUAGAAUUCAUAAAAGCAGAGUCAGUAUUUUUUUUUUUUUUCCCCAGUUUUUGCUUCUUUCAUCAGCAUUUUUCCCUCAACACCAUGGUCCCUUAUUGGCAAUAAAAAAAAAAAAAAUCCCUGAGCACCUCAGAAGUAUGCUAGUCAGACAUCCAGAGAAGCAUUAGAUGCAUUUCACAUGCGUUAAUGACCCACAGCCCAAAUUUUUGUUCCACAGUAGGGUCUCCAUGUUUUAGUUUUGCCACUGAAUGAUUGAUGUCGGUUAAAAGUUCUCACAGCUUUGCUUUAAAUUUGUAUUGAAAUAUGAAAAUUCCAAAGAAAAUUGUUCAGUACUUUGUCGAAGUGGUCAUAGUAAAAACAUAGUGUAAAUGGAAUGGGUUUACAAAGAGGAAUACGUACUGGUAGUCAUAGCAACUGCUUCUCUGUGCAAUUCUUGUGCAUGAUCACUGGAACACAAAAGACUUGUGAAGUGAAUUGUACUCAGCCCUCAAUCUCAGAUAUGGAGAGGUCCAUGUACUUUCUUUUUUUAAUGUUCACCAACUUUUACAUGCAAUUGUUUCCUGUCAUUGCCUUUCCUUUUCACCUUUUUUUUUUUUUACUCAACUCACUUUUUAUUUAAACAUUCAAUUUUAAGACAUUUUAUCUGGUGAAAUGUUUGUGAGAAACUUUUUUUUUUUUUAAAAAAAUGUUGUUGGACAAAUAUUUUUUUCCAUGUUUGUUACUUUUCCUUUAAAUGCUUAAGUUUAAAGCUGUUUUAUGAAACAAGAUGUUUAGAUUUUUAACCUCUAUUGUUACACAGAGAUACAAGACACAGUACUUGUACCUCAACAAACAUUACUGGGACAGGAAUUCAGUUAGUAACCUGAAAUAAUUGCCACCAUCAAUAAAAUAUUAAUAACCCAGCUUCAUUCUUAGAUUUAUUCGUGGGUUAAGUACUGUUAAAAACAUCAGAUAAAAGUAAACUGAUUUGAAUAUUUGCUUUAAGAGUUUUGUAUAAUGGGACAAAGGAACAAAACAUUCCCGACUGAAAGUUGAGAGAGAGGGAAAAAAAAACUCUGGGGAUUCAAGUGCCAGUUGUUGCCCC